AUUAUGAAAGGGUAUAUUCAGGUACUUUAGGGUAGAGUGGGUUGGGAAUGGGAGGUAUAGUGACUCAGCAUGAGGGAGAAUAUGAGCUACCCUCCCCUCCUACCCUUGAUCACAGCCGAACUUGUACACAGUCUUGGUCGGUUGUUUUUAGUACUUUUAUUGGGUGCUGAUUGCAUGCUAAGGAAGAAUAUUAUUACUCAAGAACAUCAGGUUGAACCAGUAUUUAAGCAUAUUAAAAAAAUGAGAAAUGAGAGCACUGCCUUAGCUCUGCAAAGAGUCAGGUCUUUUGCAUGGCUUAUUAACUUCGUGAAUUGUUUCUUGUACUGUUGUACAUUGACUUACUAAACUUGAUUGUUAUUGUUAAUUUGUGUCUUUAGCUCCCAUUGAUGAUGGUGCUGUGCAGCGUCUUAGGGACCUCAUAGUAAGCUUAUGAUCAAAAAUUUUUAAUUGUUAAUUUUUUGUUUUUUCUCUGAGUGCAAAGAUGAACCAACAGGACGACAAAACAUUUUUAUUUAUUGUUUUGUUUUUAUUUCCAGUCUAAAGUUGAGCUAAUGAAGUCACAGAGGAAGCAGCUGGAAGCAGAUUUAAGGAAACAGGUUAGCCUUGCUCAAAUUGUCAGAAUAUAAAGGCCAAUUUUCAUGGAGUUGAAUUUUUAACGAAUGCAUCCAAGUUCAAAAAGACAAAGGAAAAUUCUUUCUCGUUUGUUUACUUACUCUAUAAAACUUCCCACUGUGCAAUGGACAUCUAAGAAGAGUGAUGUGUGAACAAAAUUGUUGUUUUGCUCAUAAAACCAAUAGUUUGUGGACGUUCUUGUCGCCUUGUCGUUGUGGUUGUUAGCUCUCUCUUGUGAUCUGAAUGAAACCAGAAAUAUGUACCUGAACAUUGUUUUGUUUUGAUAAGGGUUAUACGUAAACCAGCCAAGAGAUGAACGCAUUUGACACCUUUUUUUGAAUCUUUCUAGUUGGAAGAGGAUGACAUUACACAGCUACUUGUGACAAGAGAAGGGAACAAAACGGUAUAUUUCUUAGUUGUUCUAGUUAAAGUCGAACCUCCAUGUGCGACCACCUCCCAUAAGCGACCUCUUAUCCAAAACACCAAACAUUUUCCAGUAAAAGCCUUACAGCUGGAAUCCGUCAUAAAUGACCACCUUCUGUGAGCAAAUGCGACCCCUGUUUGGGGCUGAAGGUUUUAGAAUUUUCUAUUGUUUUUUACCCUUUAUAAGCGACUACUUGACGCAUGGUCUGAUCUCUAUGGUCUCUGUACUGAUGUGCAAUGCCUGUCAGAGUAGAAGAACUACUAGUGACUACGUGGAGCUAUACAUAUCAUAACUUAGAUAUUCUAUGCAACAAAUUAUCUUCUACAAAGUAUAUUAGUGCGGACCACAUCUCAGAAAAGACCCCCUGUGGUUCGAUUCUGGUAAGCAACCACUUUCUGUAAACGACCACUAAGUCCUCAAAUUUUCAGUGGUCUCAUACGGGACGUUUGACGUCCUAAAGCCAUGGCACAGCUUUUUGUGAAUGAAAAGUUGUCUUGGAACUGUCCUGUUAUCAGAACUAUGGAAAUCAUGUAACUCGUGAUAACUGGUUUCAAAAUUAUUUGGCAUUAGUUUUAUUUUGACUUAAGUAGGAGGAAUCUGACAGACUACUAACAAGUCUAGAGUUGAUGCAGUAAUGAUAUCAUUAAAGUUUUAUUGUCAGUUGCACUCAUUAACACGGUUGUGUGAUUAUUUUUCAGCUUUUUUUUGAAGAACAACUUAAAAAGCAUGACGCAACUUGUGAUCUGAUUCAGAAAAACUUAGAUGCUCAGAGCAAAAUAUUAAAGUGGGUAACAACGACUUGAAUACCUUGUCAUUACUUUGAGUUGUUUUUUCUUGUAAGCAAUUGUGCAUGCAUGGUAACUUUCAUUCACCGAUACUUAGUUUUCCAAGAUUUGUGAUUACUAUUUAUGUUGUGUUCAUAAAUGCAAUGGUCUUUUUUCCAUUGAAUCUUUAUUGUGCCGUACAAAUAAAUGCAUUUCAAAUAUUCUCUUUUAUGCAGUUAUUCUGAUUUCAUAAGGUAUCAGGUCGUUUCGCCCGAAGGUCGAUUCGCCCGAUAACACUUCGCGUCCGAAGCGUAUUUGUCAUUCUUUAAGCCUGAAAAAGAUGAAUAAGAAUGUAAAGACAGUGGCCGCACAUGUUGAAUCCAAAGGUUACUAAAAUAACAUCUCGAAAGGUAUGUUCACCAUGUUGUAGUGUUGUAUGUCAUCGGGCGAAUCGACUAAUGUCCUGGGGAACGCAGUCAGGCGAAUUGACUUUCCGGCGAAAUGACCGCAAUUCAUUCAUAAUGACUUUAUUACGAAUCCAGAGAGUAGCCAACACCUGGGGUGCCUUCCAUUAUGCCAAACCGACUGGUCGUAAAUCAAAGGAACUAACCAAAGAAAUAGAACGGUAUUGUUCGAUUGGGGCAAAGUUUGCAAGAAGAUCGAAGAGUUCCAUUUACGUUUUAACCAAAAUUUUAAUUACGUCUCAGCGAACUGGCACUGCAAACGAGAUUUUUGCAGAUGGAACGGUAAUUUUACGUCGAACCGCACCAACCUGUCAAAGAGGGCCAGCUCUCGAGGUGGACCGCUUUGACGGGAAAAUUUCAAUGCGGAAAUGGAAAGCGUUCCAUUUUUUUCUCGACCGAAUUAUCCGAAAAUUUUGGCAUAAUGGAAAGCACCCCUAUUUAGGUAGUUGUUGUUUGCCCCUCAUAAGGAAGUCUUCACAUUUUCUCCUAGAGCAUUGACGGAGGCAAAUGCUAAAUAUGCACCCACAAGACAAGCUGUGAAGGAAACUGCACAAAGGUGAGUAAUUUACCACUAGCGGAAUCGGCCAUUGCAGGUUUUUCGUGGUAAUGUGGGAAGCUAUUAGAUUGCCUGUGGGUAUUGUUUGGGUCCUUUUAAUGUUUUAUAUUUCGUCCUCUGGUAAUUACACGUUCCUCAAUACUAGGACUGACAAACGCCAUUGCUGGCCUCCAAAAAAGACAUCCUGUUCUGGUGCAAUGUAUACUUUCAAGGAUUCCUGCUAUCUUCUACUGUCUCUGCCUUCUUUGAAAACCACUCACUGACAUGAGAGGGAAAUGAGGUACCUCUCCAGAGAGGCACCUUAUUUGACACAACUACAGCCUACAUACGUACUUAUUUGGAGUAAUCAUUUGUGACUUCACUUGAAAGAACAUUGUAUCUGUUACGGGUCAAAUUUGAUGUCAGGUUAAUUUUGAUUUAACCUAGGUUGAUUCUCAAUUGCACUUGUCCUCUAGCCAUAGUAGACAAAGGAAAUCAAGAAUCAACCCAGGUUAAAAAUGUUUAACCUGAUAAUACAUUUGACCUGUAACAUAUCCAAGUGUCAAUCUAUUUAGUACUAAUUGAGGUCGGAUGACCUAUCAGUCAGAGGCCGGAAAAUGUCACUUCUUGCUGUCUGACAAAGCGUUGUGAUUUUCAUUUUCCAGACGAGAUGAUGCCGUACAGACGUUUGUUUUAUCUCAUGAUACGUUUUUUGGACUGAAAGAAAAAUUAAGGUAAGUGUUAACUUUUUAUGACAGGUAAUUGGUAAUUAAAUGCCCGUCUAGUCUAAAACAUUCNUUUUUCGUGGUAAUGUGGGAAGCUAUUAGAUUGCCUGUGGGUAUUGUUUGGGUCCUUUUAAUGUUUUAUAUUUCGUCCUCUGGUAAUUACACGUUCCUCAAUACUAGGACUGACAAACGCCAUUGCUGGCCUCCAAAAAAGACAUCCUGUUCUGGUGCAAUGUAUACUUUCAAGGAUUCCUGCUAUCUUCUACUGUCUCUGCCUUCUUUGAAAACCACUCACUGACAUGAGAGGGAAAUGAGGUACCUCUCCAGAGAGGCACCUUAUUUGACACAACUACAGCCUACAUACGUACUUAUUUGGAGUAAUCAUUUGUGACUUCACUUGAAAGAACAUUGUAUCUGUUACGGGUCAAAUUUGAUGUCAGGUUAAUUUUGAUUUAACCUAGGUUGAUUCUCAAUUACACUUGUCCUCUAGCCAUAGUAGACAAAGGAAAUCAAGAAUCAACCCAGGUUAAAAAUGUUUAACCUGAUAAUACAUUUGUCCUGUAACAUAUCCAAGUGUCAAUCUAUUUAGUACUAAUUGAGGUCGGAUCGCUUAUUAGUCAAAGGCCGGAAGAUGUCACUUCUUGCUGUCUGACAAAGCGUUGUUAUUUUCAUUUUCCAGACGAGAUGAUGCCGUACAGACGUUUGUUUUAUCUUAUGAUACGUUUUUUGGACUGAAAGAAAAAUUAGGGUAAGUAUUAACUUUCUUUGACAAGUAAUUGAGCCGAAACUUAGCAGUAAUGCCCGUCUAGUCUAAAACAUUCUGACUUAAUGUUUGCCCGAUUUGUCUCUUCCUUUGCAUGGGUCAGCCGUGGACUGCGAUUCUAUCAGAGCCUGGAAAAGGCAGUAUUGAAACUUGAAGAGAAACUCAAAGAAUUUGCUGAAAAGCGAAAGAAGGAAAUGGAUAAGAUUGAAGAGAAGGAGAAACGAAUCAAAGGUGACAUGCAAAUCCGUAAACUUCAUUGUUAAAUUUUCCUCCGUAUUUUUGUUUUCUUUUUUGUUUGUUUUGCGUUUGUUUACUAGUAUUACUGUGGAACUUCGAUAUAACGAACCUCUAUAUGACGAAGUCCUCGGUAUAACCAACGAUUUUCUUUAUCCCAGUAAUAGUCAAACGCAUGGAAAAGAACCUUGAUAUAACGAUACCUCGUUAUAGUGAACAUAUUUCGCAAGUCCCUUGGCCCUUCGUUAUAUCGAGGUUCCAUUGUAUAUGAGUAGAAUCAACAAAUGCAUUGAAUGAAAGUUAAUGAUUACAGUUAUAAUGUUCUUUUAUCCCUUGAAAACAACAGGUGGUAUCUGUUGACAAUUAACUAGAUGCCUGUCCUUUGCUUAUCUGCAGAGAAAGCCAAGGUACCACCUGCACGACCCGGGGCUGAAAAACCAAGUCACCUAAUUAACCCACCAGGAUCCAGUGUACCUCGUCCAAUGGCCACACAGUAUCUUGGGGGACCAGGGAUACCUCACCCAGGCAUGAGACCAGGCACCUUCCCGCCUACUUCACAUGGAGUACCUUUGCAGCCUAGAAUUCCUGGAGCAGCAUUUCCGCCCAGAUCUUUUCCUGGAGCCAGCUCUCCUCGCCCAGCAGAUCCGAGGGUCUACCAACCUGGUUCUCAAGGAGUCUGUCCCAGACUACCUGUCCCUUCUGGUGAACAGAGGAUGCAAGCACCCCAGCCUGGAGUUCCACUGCAGCAUCAGCAGAAUUUUCCAGAACAAAGGGUCCCUCAGGCACCGAACUCACCAGCUACUGGGCCACCUAUUCGUCCUACCAUCCCUUCUCAACCGGGAGUUCCGUUCUCUCAGAUGGGUCCCAGAGGGCCUGCACCUGCUGAGCAUCUUAUUCAUUCCACACCAAGGAUGUCUUACCCCGUACCACUGACUCCCUCCUUUCCGCCAGGAGGCGCACAAGGAGUUCAACCUGGUGGGCCAGGAGGGCCUUUCCAAGUGCCUCACCCUUCUGGGCAGCAACCCCGUCCACAGCUGGCACCUGGACAGGUACCGGGACCUGGAAGUGCUCCAGGUCUUCCAUCUUAUGAUCUAGCUAAACGUAUGCCUGGAACUCAGCCCUCUAUACAACAACCACCUCCACAAAACUGGUCACAAGGGCAAUAUCCGGCCACAUCACAACAGCAAGCAGCAGGCCAUCCGUCAGGUAUCACUCCUCAACAGCAGUUUCAGGCCCCAAGGGGGCCAUAUCCUACGUCACAACCUCCGCAUAUUAGUCCGGCAGGGUCACCUCAGGUGUUUCCUAAGCAAAUUCCCACCAGUCAAAUGUCACAACCUUUGCAGCCUGCAACCAGUCAGUACCAGCCAAAGAACUGGUCAACUCAGCCAUUUCAUUUUCCAAAACUGGCUCAACAACCCAUGCAGCCCCAGCAACAGUUUCAACAAAUACAGCAGCCUUAUCAGAGACAACAACAGCCACCUCAUCAAGUCCAGCUGCAACCACAACCUCUGCAUCCUCAGCAGCAGACAUCUGUCAAUCCCCAGCAGCAACCACCUGCCCGUCCUCCACCACAGCAGCAACACCCUCUUCAUCCCAUGCAACAGCAACCACCCCAUCCCCAACAGCAAUUCCAGCAACCGCAGUUUCCACCACCUCUUCAGCCUCAAAAAGUACCACCGCCUCCAUCUCAUAUGCAACAGCAGUUUCAGCACGGGCCACCAUCUCAACCACAACAGAAGCCCCAGCAACCUCCUUAUUUCCAGCAACAACAGCAUCCAUCACAACCUCCACAGCAGUCACAACAGCCCAUGCAGCAGUUUCAACAACCCGUUCAGAUGAAUCCACAAUUUAAUCAGCCUCAGCAACAAAUUCAACAUUCUAGAGAACCACUAAAACCGACUCAGGUCCCACAGCCAAAACAGCAACAACAACAGCAACAGUUUCAGCCACCAUUACCGCCCCAGCUCAAUUACCAACAACAGUUGCAACCAAUGCAACCUCAAAAGACUCAGCAACAACCGUACAAACCACCUCUGCAACCACAGCCUCUUUCUAUGCAGAAACCUCUGCCAGACUAUCAAAUUCCAACUGAUCGUCUUCCCCAACAGGCAUUCCAGCCUGGGAAAACACCCCCACAAAAUGCACAGGGUCCCCUUGGUUCUCAGAUGCCUCAACAAAUUAGUCAGGUACCAGAAUUGCCUCCUAAGGGUCGGUCCCAGAUGAAUCAGAUGCCUGGUUCAACCUCGUGGCCGCAUCAAAGCCCUAAUCUUUCUUCACAGCCACCACAGAUGGGAUAUCCUAGUCAGAAGUCGUAUGCAGGUUAUAGUCAGAGUCAGCAGCCAUCACAGACCAGCAAUACUUCAUCACAGUUAGGGUAUCCAAUGCUACCUGAGAAAAAACGUUCUCAGGCUGAUUCCCCAUCGUCAAAACCUCCUCAGGAAGGAUUCCCAUCUCAGCAUCCAGGAAGUUUACAACCCGCUCCGCCUUCCUCGCUCCAGAGUUGGGGGUACCCCCAAGUGUCACAGCCUUUGCCUUCAACUGGAGCUUCCCAAGGCAAUCAGUUCGCACGUCAAGAUUCAAAAGAAGCACAGCGCUUAGGAGGAAACCAAAUGCUUAGUCCUAAGAAAUCACUCCCUUACGAGCAGAGACCCGUAGAUCAGGGAUGGGCCCCAUCUGCUAGUGUUCAACGACCUCCACCUCCAAACCAGGCAGCAUAUUCACCAGUUAUUGCUCGACAGAAUUCUGCUGAUUAUGGUAAAGACAGCCAGUACCAAGGGCAGACUAGAGGUCGUGUUGGAUCAUACCCUCCGUACACUGGGAUUGUAACUAAACCUCCUUCCUCACCAGUUGCGGGCAACCCACCUUAUAGCUAUAGUGCAGUGUCCGUGACACGUCCUUUGGUUCAAGGGGUCAGGCCCAGCCCUACCAGCCUGCCACCUUCUUCAGCCUAUGCUACUAGUUACUCGGUAUCAGUAGCUCAAGCGCAGUUGAACCAGCAGCAGCAAAUGCAGCAGCUGCAGACUCAGAUGCUUCUGCAACAGCAGCAGCUUAUCUUACAGCAACAGGAGCUACUGCGCCAACAGCAACAACAACAGCAUCACGAGUCUGAUCAAGGCCACCUCACACAGCUUUUCCAGCAGAUGCUACAGCAGCAGACAAAGCUGGCUGAGAUGGAGCAGAAACUGGCAGAACACGAGCGUCACGAAGAAAAUCUCAAAAAGGAACUUACAAAGACGGAUCAUGAGGAGCUGGCACCCACUGAAAGGGACCCAGAAUCAACUGAUAAUGAGGCGCAAGCUACAACGCCUCAGAGCUCUAGUAGUUUCAGUGCCUCUAGGAGCACUGGUUUUUCGGACCAUACCCAUAACAAACUCGACAUAGAGCAAGUCUUUAAUGACCUCGCAAAAAAGCAAAUUAGCGAAAUUUCUGAGAAGGGUAAACUUGCUGAUGGAGCAAGCGACCGCUCUAAGCCUGAUGUUGAAACAGAGAGUGACAAUGAUGUGUCUAAAAAGGAUUCUGAUACUUCGGAGCAUUCAGAAAAAGAAAUAGUGGGCGACAAAAAGACCGAAGUAAAAAGUGUGUCUACGGAUGAGCUUACUAAAGGUGUUGAUGAUCAUGGGACUGAAGAAGUAAUCAACACCGAACAGGGGAGUGUCUCCCUCGGCGAAGAAACGAAUGAUAAGAGCAAUUCUUCGUCAAAUACUGAACAGAAAAGUGAAAAAUCUGAAGUGGAUUCAUCGUCUUCGGCUGAAGAUAAACCGGACCGUGAAUCUCUAAAGAGAGAAAAUAUAUCAGAUGAGGACAAAGAAAAGCAAAGACGUCAACAAAUCGCAGAACAGAUCCAGCAGAUUAAAGAACUUCAAAAGAAUACACAACCUGCCCCUCCUCCGCUUCCUCAAAAGAAGAAAUACCUGUACGAACCGGGCAAAAUGCCAGAGACUUAUGAGCUUCCACUCAAACCUCCCGACAGGGUUACAGCUGAAGAGCCGAAUAAGCCCUCACUGUACAGACAGUGUGGCCAUUACUAUGAUACACAGCAGUCUCGCAUUGGUCAAGCAGAGAACAAUGAUUGUCUUAGUGAAGAGGAGUAUAUACACAGGCUGUCAUUCACUGUGGAGACCUUUGAUGCUCUGGUUGUGAACUUGUCUCAGAAGAAAGAAGGUACCACCUACAGUGGCUUCAUACAUGAGUGGAAGGUAGGUAGCUGAUGUCACAUAUCAAACACGAGAGGGAGUGUUUCAUCUGAUAUCCAACACCGAGAAGUGGAUUGACAAGUGAGGCAAUGUAGAGUUUUGAAAGACCCUUUGAAGGCGUUCAUUUGGGCGGAGUGUAUAUCAAAGACAGAAAAAACUUGAGAGUUACAAAAGCGUUUUGACCUUCGAUGGUUGUCGCCCGCACUCUGUAACCUUUGGUUAUUGCUAGUUUUAUUUCUUUUAAAGUUGUUCCACACGGUCAUGAACAACCUUGGAAUUUUCGCUGCAAAAAGGAGUGCGAAGCAUGCAGCGUCUGACUUUGGCUAAUGAUUAACGUUCAUCCUUUUCUUGAUUUUUGUCUUUUUUCAUUUCCAGGCACUGGAAAAGAUGCAAGAAAGUGACUCAUGUGUUUUCUCCACUAAAGAUGCCAGUCUCAAUCCGUCGAAGAACAGAUACAGAGAUGUCUUGCCCUGUANUCAUGAACAACCUUGGAAUUUUCGCUGCAAAAAGGAGUGCGAAGCAUGCAGCGUCUGACUUUGGCUAAUGAUUAACGUUCAUCCUUUUCUUGAUUUUUGUCUUUUUUCAUUUCCAGGCACUGGAAAAGAUGCAAGAAAGUGACUCAUGUGUUUUCUCCACUAAAGAUGCCAGUCUCAAUCCGUCGAAGAACAGAUACAGAGAUGUCUUGCCCUGUAACUAUUUACCUCUUUGUUUGUUUCUAUAUUUAAAGUUGAAGUUUGAUAGAUGUAAGAUCAAUUUGUUACUUAAUGAGCAAAGGUUUAGUUAUACAGAAACAAUAACGCGGAUAAGAACGAACGACGUUUCGGUGUCAUCUUGACGCCAUUUUCAAGUUCAAAUGAUCGCUGAUAAAACUGACAAAAAUUUCUUUGGCUGAUGAUUAGCAUAUAUGAAAUAUGCAAAGUCACGCAAAAAUUUUGUUGCUUCAAACGCUUAUUCAACACUUUACAUUUUUAGGCUGUUAUCUCUUUAUCAGCAACUUCUCCUUAUUCAUAAUAACUCCUUCUUUCUCUCUUCAGGGGAUCAUACGCGAGUCAAGCUAACGACAAAGGAGGGAGGGGACUAUAUUAACGCCAACUUAAUAAAGGUAAGAGAGAAACUUGAGCACUCGUUCUUGACUAACAGUAAUUUUCUCUCCGCAAUUGCGCUGGGAUGACAAGUCCUUGUAAAAUGACUAAAGAACUUAAAAAGACUUGCUUCCUAACUCGUCUGCCAUAAAUUAGAGAGGCCUAGAUACAGAUAUAGCAUCACUGAAAUAUUUACCUUUUCGCUCUCAAAAAUGGCUCACAUCAAAUUUCAACAGUUUUUUUUCAAUUUCCAUUUUUUCAAAUGCUGAAAAACAGAUAUUACCGUGUAAAAGUACUAACAAAGAGGUUUCAUUUGAAUGGUGACACUUUAGGAUUUCAUUCUCAAACUCAAAAGUUAGAACAACAGUCUACAGCAUAAUAAACGGUACCAUGGGAAAGUACUGCUCAGUAGCUUUCAUUUGAAUGGUCACACUAUAGGAUUUCAUCCACAGACUCAAAAGUUAGAACCACCUUGUACAGCAUAAUAAACAGCACCACAGGAAAGUACUGCUCAGUAGCUUUCAUUUGAAUGGUCACACUUUAGAAUUUUAUCCACAGACUCAAAGGCUAGAAACACCUUGUAGAGCAUAAUAAACAGCACCAAAGGAAAGAACUGCUCAGUAGCUUUCCUGUCAAUGGUCACACCGCAGGAAUUCGUCUACAGACUCAAAAGUUAGAACCAUCUUACAAAACUCCAUCGGUCACUCCGGGUGUCCUUAAGUUAACAGUCGGCAGGAGCCCCUGCAUUCGGCGCUCCCGUGUGACAACUGGCUAAAUUCUCUCCCAUGUUCAUUUCUCUAGAUAUAAUUAAUUACAAAUUGACAUUGUAAUGAAUGAAUGAAUGAAUGAAUGAAUGAUUUAUUUAAUGUCGAAGACGUGGGAAGUGUUUACACAAUCUUCCGAGCCAGAGGCUCAUGUUAAAAACGCUCGACAAACUAAAAAAUACAAAACAGGAUAAAAAGUGAAUUAUGUAUAUACAAAUAUUAAGGAAAACCUAAAAACAUCGUAAUUUUGGGAAAAUUUUUUAAUGACGCCUAACAUUGGAUUUGACUUAUUUUAUUCUGUUCUCGAACCUCUAUGUUAUUUCUUGACAGAAAGUGACGCCUAUGUCGCCAGAUUAUAUUCUUACCCAAGGCCCUAUCGCUGCCACCCUAGAUGACUUUUGGUUGUUAGUCUGGGAACAAAAAUCCCCCGUGAUAGUCAUGCUUACCAAAGAAGUCGAAGGAAAUCGCGUAAGUUCAGUCAGUAAUGUUUUAUGAAUACCUUUAAAGGUUGGGGUCCUUAAUGGUUUCCUGUAGUAAAAAUCUCCAAAUUGCUUUUACGCGUGUGCGCGCACGUUUGNUAGUAAACGCUCCACUAUUGUUUUUCGGGCGGGGUGGGCGCGAUUGUGGCCAGCCCUCUGUUGGAUUUCCCCGAAAAAUGAAAGAAAAGCUUAAAACCCACAUUUUUCCCGCGCCUUUGGGCUUUCUAUCACCCGUAAGCAAUUUGUCGCCCAAUCAGCCGUAAAAACCCCCCCCUGCCGCCCGCACGGGCUUGUUCCCAACCCCCCCCCCCCCCCCCACUUCCUACGUGUGUUUGCUCGAUAUCUGAUUGGUUCGUUGGACUUUCCCGCGCUUGGUGCCCGACACAUGGAUUUGCUUGAGAUUUGAUUGGUUGAUCGCCUUCGCGCGUGAUUAGUAAUUAGCCACUACGUGUUGUGAUUAGCCAAUGUAAUCGCUGUAUGGUUUUAUUUGUUUUUCAGUUAAAGUGUCAUCAGUACUGGCCCAUUGACGAGGGUCACACGGUUGUAUACGGAAAUAUUAGGGUACAUAUGAGAAGCAAGAAUCACUCUGAGGCCUGGAUAGAGCGCAUCAUGCACGUACAGCAUUCCGAGGUGAGUCAAAUUUUCAUAGAGCUUUUUUCCUGUGACCUUGAAAUGAAAACACGCGAACAAAACAGAAACAACAAACGAACGGAAAUAGAGUGAUUUGAUUGGUUUAUCGAACGGAUACAAACGCGAGUGGCUUUUGGUUGGUUAAGCGAACGCUCGGGUGAAAAAACUUCAUGCCCGAGAACUCUCUAGAAGUCAACAGAUACUUCGCUUUGACGUCAUACUGCAACAUGAUUGGCCAAUCAAACAAUGCCUUCUCCAUAUUAGGGUUUUCUUUAGCGGGAAAACGAAGAGGCCAUGUUUUGAUCUUAUCAUUCAUUGGCUGAUAAAGCAAAUAACGAAGACUCACCGAAACCAUUUUUCAAGGUCAUACGAAGAUCGCUCUAUACUGCUUCGGAGUACUGAGUAUCAUCACGAGAAGAGGUACCCCGAUAGAGUUCAUUAAUCUUCAAUUUUGUUAUCCUGACACACAUCUUCCCUUGAUCCUGCAAUGCCGACGCGUUUCAUCUGGUCUCGAGCAUGUUUCCAAAAGUGCCUUCAAAGCGUCCAGAUUGCUCAUCUUUGGAGAUCCAGGGCCACACGCAAGUCCUUCUUUCUUCCUCUUUAAGUUUGAAAGAGCGCAAGUUCACUUUAUAACUGACAUUUUCGCCCCUGUCGACACCAUUGUUCCUUAAACUUCCUUUAGGAAGUGUCGGGUGAGCGAGACAAUCAGGGCAAUUAUACGGGAACCACGCUUCUCGCUCCCUACGUUUUUAUGUGCCAGCUAUUAGAGAGCUUUAGAUUUUAAGACGAGGACAACUACGAGAACGAGAUUUUCUCAAUACUAAGUAGUGCGCGCGCGCGAACCAACGUCAUUUUGGCGGGAAAAUGUGGUAGCCGUCGUUAGUCUACUACGAGUUUUAGCGAGAAUGUCGUAAUGGCGAAAACAAGUUAUAAAAUGUUAGGAAUUUUAUAAUUUAGCGAUCGGGAGAGGGCUUUGCCUCCAACGGAAAUACGUGUGCUAACGUUUGUGGUGAAAAAAAGUACAAUGAAGGUUUCCGGGGUGUCUAUUUUUAGAGAAUAGGUGAGAAAACUGGAUCAUUAUACGUAUCUGGGUAACUGACCACCUACCCCUCCCCUAAACCAACAUUAACAAUUACUCCUCACUUAGGACAGAAUGUUGAUUUAGGGAAUGGGUAGGUGGUCCGUUACCCAGAAACGCGGUUUCGGAUCAUGUGUUAUAUUUUCCUACACUUUUGUUUGCUAUAAGACGGAAGCAGGCAAAGUAGCUCAACUUAUCAUGGGCCUAUUAUUACCCUUUUCUCCUCAUAACUGUCUUUUUCUUGUUGUUUGUUUUUCUUUAGAGCGAUGAAGUACUAGUUGUGUCUCACCUGCAGUUCACUGGCUGGCCUGAUCAGUAAGUUAGUUCCGUGUUUAAAGUAAUCGUAAAACCGUAUCUUUGUUUUGAAUGGUACAGGCAAGGACGAACAUGAGCCAAAGGCCCAAACGGCUGGAGCUUAUCCCGGUUUCUUAAGCAUGAAGCAUGGCUAGGAGUAUUGCUACUCGGAGAGUUGUGGAGGCGUGUGUGGCCGAGCGGUUGACAUCUCGAACUCUGGAUCUGGAGGUCCGGGGUUCAAGCCUCGCCCGUCGCGUUGUUUCCUUAGGCAAGGAACUUUACUCCACUUUGUCUCUUUUCAUCCAGGUGUAUAAGUGGGUACCGGUGACAUACUGCUGGGGGGUAACCCUGCGAUGGGCUAGCACCCCAUCCAGGAGGGGAGUAUCAAUACUCCUAGGCUUGCUUCAUGCUACAACGGAAACCGGAACUAAGCUCCGGCCGUGUGGGCCUUUGGCUCAGUGCGCCUUUUCUGACUCUACUGACAGACAGUCAUUAACAUCGUGACUUAAUUGACCAAUCAGGUCAAUAACCAGAGUUUAAUACCCAUCAACUGACGUGAUACAACUCACUUUGACUCUGAAGAUGACUACCGCACAGGUUGUCGAAACGUCAGUCACUAUCAACAACAACAGUCCUAUUCAGGACUACGUUCACCCGGACGAUCAUACUCAACUUACUUAUGAAAUGACUCCUGGGUCCAAACCUUUCACAGAGUGACUAACCUGUUCUUAAACAAACGUCAACUAUGACUUUCUCUGUUUGUAGACUUACGAACUAGUGGUUGUAUCGUCUUUUUCUCUAGCGGUGUUCCUCAUUCUCCAUCGGAUCUUUUGACGUACUUAUCAGAGGUGCAUAACCAUCACUAUACUAGGGACCCUCAGGCUGAAAGGCCUCUGGUGGUACACUGCAGGUAGGGACUGUUGUAUGUUGUCAUUUUAUGUCCAGGCCCUGUACUUUUGUGCCACGCUUUAUGUUAGCGCUGACGUUAUGCUCAGUAAAAAUUGUCUUUUUUCUGCAAGUUUUGGCAUCAAAUAAAAUCUUUGCAACAAUUUCAAAAUAGUGAAACGAAAUUUGACCCACUUUGAAUUUAAACUCGUCAAAGAAUGUCAUAGACAUCAGGCAGAAGGGUUUACGGUCAUCUCGCUACCAACGAAAUCGCCACCACAUAAGAACUCUACAAUAAUUGACACAGUCACUGUUUACUUACUUGGGAUUGUUACUUUCUCCUCAAGCCCAAAUAUAAGUUAGUCGAUUUUAAUUGACAAAUUGCGUCGAACUUCUCAUCUUUAAUUUUUUGUGAAAAAAAAUGACUUUUUAACACCUUAAAACGGCUUAUUUGCAUUGCUCGAGAGGUGCAACUGGAUUAAAAUACAACAGCCUUUCUUAUGAAAGUUGGUUAAUAUUACUGUCACUUGAACCUUACCUCCUUAAAUUUCAUUGUAAAUUGAGAGGGAAAGAAUUCUUUUUAGAGACUUGUCCUUUCCAAAAGUAUUAAGAUAUAUAUUUCUUUUUGGCGAUUUCGUUGGUGAGGAGGUGACUGGAUACCGGCAGAAGCACCGGGGUUAUAUGUUCUGCCUGACGUCCUCUGUGAGUCCGUUCCACAUAGUUGCUGAUGCAUAUCUAAAGGAGUGUAAACCUUGAUUGUGGUCUUAUAAUUAACGCAGGGAACAAUCACUUUGUUUGAUCCCCGCAGAUCGUGUGUUGUAUUCUUCAUUUGACACAUUACACCUCUAUAUUUCGGCAUCGUUUCAAUAUGGAUGGCCUUAAAAACUGUAAUUUACCAUGUCUUGGCACUCAGAACUAUACAAAUGUCUACACUGGAUUUAUCUGAUUUAAAAGGUCCUGGAAGUGAAGAGCCGGGUUUUGUGCAGAGUCGGCUCGAGUUCGAACAGUUUAAACUUUUUGUUUUAUAAUCUGUGGUAUCGUUUCAGUGCUGGCGUUGGCCGAGCAGGAACCUUCUGUGUUAUUUACACGGCGAUCCGUGAGCUGAAUGGUACGGGGAAUAUU